CCGCGUCACAGCGCCGGGCGGCGGCGGGGAGAUGCGGCUGCUGGCGCUGGCGGCCGUGCUGCUGGCGCGGGCUCCGGCCCCGGAGGUGUGUGGGGCCCUCAAUGUCACCGUGUCCCCUGGGCCUGUGGUCGACUACCUGGAAGGAGAGAAUGCCACCCUGCUCUGCCACGUAUCACAGAAGAGGCGCAAGGACAGCUUGCUGGCCGUGCGCUGGUUCUUUGGCCGCGCCAACGCCAAGGAGGCCUUGAUGGUGAAGAUGACCAAGCUGCGGAUAGUGCAGUACUAUGGCAACUUCAGCCGCAGCGCCAACCGGCAGAGGCUGCACCUGCUGGAGGAGAAGCGUGGGGCGCUCUACAGCCUGUCUGUCCUCACCCUGCGGCCGGCUGAUCAAGGCCACUAUGUGUGCAAAGUGCAGGAAAUCAGCAAACACAGGAAUAAGUGGACGGCCUGGUCCAAUGGCUCGUCGGCGACGGAGAUGAGAGUGAUCUCCCUCAAAGCUUCUGAAGGUUCAUCCUUUGAGGACAAGAAAGAGACCUGGGCAUUUUUUGAAGAUCUGUACAUGUACGCCGUCCUCGUGUGCUGUGUGGGCAUCCUCAGCGUCCUGCUCUUCACCGUGGUCAUCCUCUGCCAAUCCGUGUUCAGCAAGAGGAGAUCCAGAGUGAGACAUUAUUUGGUGAAAUGCCCUCAGAACAGCUCCGGGGAGACAGUCACCAGCGUGACCAGUCUGGCGCCACUGCAGCCCAAGAAGGGCAAGAGGCGGAAGGAGAAGGUUGACGUUCCUCCCGCAGUCCCUGCCAAAGCUCCGAUGGCCACCACCUUCCACAAACCGAAGCUGCUAAAACCACAGAGGAAAGUCGCGCUGCCCAAGAUCGCCGAGGAGAGCUUGACCUACGCCGAGCUGGAGCUUUCCAAGCCCCACCAGGCUGCCAAAGGCGUCCCCAGCAGCACCGUCUAUGCGCAGAUCCUCUUCGAGGAGAACAGGCUGUAACGCCGCCGUCUCUUCCGCGGUUGUCGUCCUGCACCUGCCGCCCAGUUAUUUAUGAGACCUUGGACACAGAGUCCUUAUUUUUGUAUUUUCACUUGUGCCUUCUGAGUGUGGCGGGAACCCCCCCCCCCAUUCCAGCGGCCCUUGCUGGUGCCUUCAAAGAGGUACGGGGCUGCCCUCCCCAGAAGGACAGGGGCCGCAGCCCGUGGACGAAUCCCGCAGGGCCAGCAGCUCCCGGGCCUCAGCCUGAGGAACCAGGACUCCAGCCCUGCGGGCCUCCCACGAGAUUUUCUGCUGAGCCAAACCCUGUCCUCUCUCUUUCCUCCUCUUUCCUGGGUUUCCGUGUUUAAAAAUGUUUGUAAGACGUCAGUGUUAACCUGCCAGUCGUCCUGGCCCAGUGCUGUGAAGCUCCGAGUACAUAGCUAGAGGCUAUUACAGGCCAAAGGGUAAGAGAUGGAGAGAGAGGGAGUCCUUGGUUUCCGAAGGUCAGGCCCACGAGAGCCCACUGUUACCCGCCUCUCCACCCAUGAUUCCCUAAGGCCACAGGCCAGGAACAGCAACAUUCUACAGGGCUCAGCUCCUUCAGCCGGGUGCACCUGCCCUGAUAGAUAAACUCCUCUUAGGGGGUCUUGCUCCCCCCUUCUCUAGAGGGGCAGAGAGCUUUGCCCCCAGUGGACACCCUGGAGCAAGCGGCCACUCCCCAAUGUCCCAGUGUCCCAAGCUCCAUCCACACUCUUUGGAAGCCCACGCCUGGGAAGGCAGGGGCUUUGGCUAGGUUCCCCUUGGGGGCGGGGCAUGGCAAGGGCAAGGUCACCCUGGAGACCCUCCUCUGGCCACAUGCCUUGCCCAUCUUGAUGUGUGAAUGCAGGUGAGUUAGGGUGACAGACAGGAGCCACAAGCUGUGCACCUGUGCGACAUACUGGCAGCUGGGGCCCGCUGAAGGCAGAUCCAUUCAGGAGGAGGUACUGGGUCAGCUGUUUGUUACGGACAUUCCUGGAUGUAUGGUAUACUCUGGGUGGCUUUUUUACUGCACACUAUAGAAAUUGUUUGGCUAUGUAAUGGACCAUGUAUAUACGAUAAAUUAUCUAUUUUAAACACA